GCCCCUUUGCGUGUCCCUGUGUUACUCACGGGGACGCAGGCUGGGAGCUACAGAGCUGUCUCAGAACUAGGGCGCUCUCCUGUGGGCACCUCCAGGCCAUUUUCCUUUCAUUCGAGCCCACAGGUUAGAGACAAACCCUCACUCCGUUGCUUGGGGACAAGGGCUUCACUCCCUGUCCUGAGCUUGCGGCUGAGCUUGAGGGUGCUGGGUCAUCCUGGCCCCCCUCUGGAUGGGAAUUUGCUGCCCUGGUGAUUUCUGUGACAUCCCCGACCCCAAAUGUGGGGCUCUGGAGCGGACUGCGCUUCACCUCGUGGGGAGGGGGUUUCCACCUAGGCCACUCUUAUUUCUCUUCACAUCCCCAGAUCUGUCUUCUGAGACUUUGCCCUUCUCCAGGAAGAGUACUCAGGAGACCAGGAAAAUGGCCACAGGGCUCCUGAGAGCCAAAAAAGAGGCAUUCGUGGCAUUCAGGGAUGUGGCUGUGGACUUCACCCAGGAGGAGUGGAGGUUGUUGAGCCCUGCUCAGAGGACCCUGCACAGGGAGGUGAUGCUGGAGACUUAUAACCAUCUGGUCUCACUGGAAAUUCCGUCUUCUAAACCAAAACUCAUUGCUCAGCUGGAGCGAGGGGAAGAGCCCUGGAGAGAGGAGAGAAAAUGUCCACUGGACCUCUGUCCAGAUGGAGUCUUGCCCUGUCACCUAGCCGGAGUGCAGUGGCAUGAUCUCGGCUAACUGCAACCUCCGCCUCCCGGGUUCCAGCAAUUAUCCUGUCUCAGCCUCCCGAAUAGCUGGGACUAUAGGUGUGUGCCACCACACCUGGCUACUUUUCGUAUUUUUAGUAGAGACGGGGUUUCACCAUGUUGGCCAGGCUGAGACGGAGUUUCACCGUGGUCUCAAUCUCCUGACCUCGUGAUCCGCCCGCCUCGUCCUCCCAAAGUGCUGGGAUUACAAGCGUGA